AUUUUAGCUGCACAACAACAAUUUAUACAAAGGCCAAUAGAUCAAAUAAACAAACAAACAAAAAAACCGAGGAGGGCAAGGUAUGUCGAAUUUAGCAACUUUGUCGGCCGAGCAAGCCUCGGCAUACAAAGAGUCUCGGCCGACAUAUCCGAGGUCUUGGUAUAAGAUGCUGACCGAGAAAACGACUUUCCACGAACGUGCCUGGGACGUUGGCACUGGGAAUGGCCAGGCUGCGGUCGGGCUUGCUGAAUACUACAACAGAGUGGUGGCAACUGAUAUUAACCAAGGCCAACUGAAUAAAGCAACAAAGCACCCAAAGGUUACGUACCUUCUGACACCGGAAUCAAUGUCCGAAAACGAGCUCGUGGCUGUGCUCGGUGGCGAAAACUCAGUGGAUCUCGUGACCGCGGCUCAAGCUUUGCACUACUUCGACCUCGACAAGUUCUACGCGGUCGUCAAACGCGUACUGCGAAAGCCGGGAGGCGUGAUCGCGGUCUGGGUCUUCAACAAUAUCGUCAUCUCUCCCCCGGUGGACCGCGUGUUCAAACGCCUCGCCGACUCUACGGUCCCUUUCAGGACUCCAAGAACGGACAUGUCGUUGGCCGGUUACAGAACUAUAUCGUUUCCUUUCGAAAGCGUCGGGAUUGGUUCCGAGGGGAAUCCUUUGCCAUUAGAUCUUCCAUGGAAGCUAUCCCUGGACGGGUUCUUGGCUUACCUGAGAUCAUGGCAGCUCGUCGUGAAGGCGAAGCAACAAGGAGUUGAUUUGUUGCCGGCGAGUUUGAUAGAUGAGUUCAAAGCUGCUUGGGGGUCAAACUCUGUCAAGACAGUUGUCUACAAGUUCUUCAUGAUCGCCGGGAAAUGCAAAGCAAGUGAUUUCGAUUGUCCUUUUCGGCCUCCUGGUGGAGAAAACUGGCCGCAGUUUCCUUUUCCGCCACCUUUUAAUAUGGAUAAUAUGUCGCGACCACCUUUUCUGCCGCCUUUUAACAUGGAUAAUAUGCCACGACCACCUUUCCAGUUUCAAGGAAGAGGUCCGACUCCUCCUUGGCCUCGCGGAUUUCCGUCGUUGCCAUUUAUGUUUGGACAAUGAUAUCACCCGGAAGAGAGUCGUCGGUGGUCAAUAAUAAGGUAGGUUUGUGAAAACUUUGUUGUUUGUAAUGACUCCAAAUUUCCAACUCGUGCAAUAAAGGGUUACUAAAGCCGAUGUUGAUGAUGACGAUUAUAUAGCUGAA